AUGGUCAAGACGAUCUCUUUUGUUGAUGGCUUGGAUGUUCCAGUGCCUGGCUUUGGUGCCAUGGGCAUUAGCUUCGCAUUGGGCAAGAACCUAAGUUACGAGGAGGCUGAGCCGGUUCUUCUGAAGGCCCUGGAGCUAGGAUGCACAUUCUGGGACACUGCUGUAUCCUACCGAGCUGGCGUCAAUGAGAAACUCCUCGGUGACUUCAUCCGCAAGCACAACUGCCGAGACAAGCUUUUUAUUGCCUCAAAAUGCGGUGUUGCUGUUUUUGAGGACGGCGCUGUCACCAAUAAAGCCGCUCAUAUCAAGAGUUACAUCGAGGGCACCAUUGAGCGACUUGGGUUCACUCCUGAUCUCUACUACCUCCACCGCAUUGACCCUCAUACCCCUCUAGAAGAGUCUAUCACAGCCUUGGACUCGCUUCGCAAAGAAGGCAAGACAAAGUACAUUGGACUUUCUGAAUGCUCUGCGGCGACCCUGAGAAAGGCGAAUUCCAUCGCGAAGAUCCAUGCUAUCCAAGCAGAAUACUCCGCCUUCGAGACACUUCAUGAGGUAGACGGACUUAUCGACACAGCGCGCGAGCUGGACGUCGCUUACGUUUCCUAUGGUCCCCUCGGUCAUGGCUGGCUAGUCGAGAACUUUCCCUACAACUCGCCUGAAGACUUUAAGGAGGGGGACUAUCGUCGCGAAAUUCCUAAGUUCCAAGGCGAGAACUUCUACGCAAAUAAAAAGAUUAGCGAGGGCUUCAAGGAGCUUGCGAACCGCAGAGGCUGCACGGUGACGCAGGUUGCGCUUGCAUGGGUGGCUGUUCAGGGUAUGAUCGCCAUUCCGGGUACCACGAACCCAUCGCGACUGGAGGAGAACUGGGCUUCGAGAGACAUUGACUUGACAGAGGAGGAAGUAGAGAAAAUGCGCGCCACAAUCAAUAAGCUGAGACCACGGGGUGACAGAUACAACGAGGAAGCAGCGAAAGCCAUUGGAAACUGA